AUGCGCCGCGAUGAAUCCUUUUCAGCGAGGCGUGUGAAAUGGAAGCAAGCACAAUCACAACGAGAGAAUAAGAAGGGUAACAAUGGGUUCUUUAGUUACGUGUACAUGCAGCGACCUCAACACCUCAUGGCGAUAGCUAUAGAAAAGUCCACAAUGCUAUUGGAAGAGAAGUAUGGAGUGAGCUAUGAUGAGAGAGUCUAG